CCGUAGGUACGGCGAUGUGCCUACGUAGUCUGGUUAUCGGAUUAUUUUCCUGUAUCUCAUUACGUAUUGUUGAGUCUGAAUGCAGACUAAUCAAUUGAGAGUGGAUUUUGUAAAUAAAUAAUAAAUAAUCGGCUGACAGCUCGGCGCGUGGUGGGGGCUGAGAUUUUCUUCUCAAUUUCCAACUUUCAGAAGCCUCGCAGAGGGUCCAGCUUGAUUCAAAAUGUUAUCCAGUACUUAUAAACCUCUACGUAAUGAAUGUGAUGAGGGAGUCGAAAGUGCCGAGAUGUUUUUCCAACCUCUGCCAGGCCAGACCUUAUUAUCGAUCCCCUCUUUCCCACCAGCAGAAACCACAGUCAUCACCUCUAGGAACCAGCCUAAGGAUUACCAGAUACUGGCUAUCUUCGUCACGCUCUUUUGCUGUCUACCGCUCGGCAUUCUGGGAUUGGUCAAGUCCAGCGAGGUCAGAAGGAGGUCGGCUGUUGGCGACUCCUUCGGUGCCCAUCAGGCUAGCUAUCGAGCCAAGAGUCUGGCCUACGCAGGCCUGGGUGUGGGACUACUACUCUGGGUCUGCAGCUUGACCGCCUUCAUCGUCUACGCUGUCCAGUUCUUCAGUGAACAUAAGCUUCCGGAUCAGAGCUUCAAGUACGAGUUUGUGACGAUCGUUGUUCCGAUCGGCAAAUGAAAGGGAGGAAUUAAGCAUUUGUGUGGUUUUUGUAAAUGCAUUCGUGUAAUUUGUGUAAUUUGCUUCAAUAGUUCUGAAGAAAAAUUUUCAAGCUCCCUUGUGCCAUCAACAGUAUUUUUUAAACUGAAUUCCAUUAACGAAUACUUCUACGCAAGUACUUUUUCAACACAGUAUAUUUUUUUUGUUUAAUUUCUUUUUUAUAGAAAGACCAACAGUACAGGGUAUAUUUAUUGAGCCCAGAUAUCUUUUAUUUCUUGCAGUACAAUUUAUCAAAGUUUAUUUGAUGCUGCAUCAAUGAACAUUUUCUUCUUUUUUUUUUACCACUGCCCGGCCAUUUUUAAUAAAUGGAAUUUGUUCAAAGGCUGAAAGCUUCAUUAACCUUAUCCCACCUAAUUGCUUAAAGAAAAUCUAGAUUUGAUUGAUUGUCAUGGAUAUAGAACUGAAAGCCCUGGCACAUAUACCAAAGAAAACAGUUUGAUAGAUUGCUUGGUCAACUGUGUUGGAUUUUGACAGGUGCAGGAAGACUUCUAACAAAAAACUGCAUGGGCUGUAUCUGGGCCCAA